UAAAAAUAUUAAGGUUUUUUAAAAAACAAAAACAAAAACUCAACAAAGUGGGAAAUUUUUUAAAUUGCAGUUAUCUCGUUCGGCUGAGGUAGGGCCCCAGAAGUUCCUAGGAGCUUAGGAAUUCUGAAACUUACCGGAAACCCAAUUUCGGUAAGUUUGUUAGAUGCCAAUUUCUCAUAUCUAUCACAAUAAUAAUCUAUUUUAUUUUUUUGGUUGAACUUUUCUACAAAUCCUCUAGAAAAUAAAACCUCUUUAGGUUGACAAAAUUAUCCUGCUUUAUUUUUUCUGUCAAAGGUUUUACAUUAUAAAUACAUCUAUCAGGAUUUCUUAAUUUGGAAUCUUAUUUCUUACUCAGAUAAUACUAAAUUUGUGAGUUUUAUUACAAAUCUUAGAAGUUUAGUUCUGGGAUUUGGUUGAAUUUUUGUGGGUUUUUCAAAUUUGAGAUUAAUAUUUGGUGGGUAACUUCAAGAUUUGAUUUUUUUAGGGUGUAACUUAUUAAUUUUAGGAUUCCAGAUUUGAGUUCUUCAAUCUUCAAUUCUAGGGUUUAUUGAAUUAGAUUAGGAAGAAAUAAGUAAUUUAUAGCAAAAAAAAUUGGAAAAAGAUGGAGCUAGCUCAGGAAGAAGGCAGUAUUUUGGAAGAUAUUGAUGUAGUAGAACCAUCUGAAAGUGCUCCUUUAAGAGAGAGAAAUUUCCAGAAAACACAUUUUCCAGGUUUUGUAAGAAGAUGGGCUUACAAAUUUGAUGGCAAUGGUAAUUAUCAUAGUAAAGAUUGGGAUCUUAAACCAGGAGAAGGAAAAGAAUUUUGUUGGUAUCAUAUUGAACUUCCUAAGGCAAAUCAUAAUAUUUCAAUUUCUGCAAAAUACUUAAUUGAUGUUCUUUGUCCUCCUUUGAAGCUUCAAGACAUUCUAUCACUUGUUAGCAAUGGACCAUUUUGUGGUUAUGUUGAUGGGGCGCUCGUUUUUCGAGUCAACUCCCCUGGACCUGCUUCUAGUGAUUAUAUUUGUAGGCUUGCUGCUAGGAUUACUGAGAAUCUUGUGAUUACUGUUUCAUUGGGGAGAGUUCCGAGGCUUGGGUUUUCGAAGAUGGGUCAGUCUUUGUUGUCAGAGAUCCCGGCUGUUGAUACUCCUAGAGGUCGAAAUGGGGAGCAAAGGGGAGGGGGGAUUGUGAUCAAGGAGCAUGUUCUUGAGUUUCUGUUGACAAUGAAUCAUUCUGAGGAGGCUGAUAAUCUGGUCCCUCAUUCUGUCUCAAAUCUUGUUAUUCAUGUUAUUGAUACAUUUGUGGAUCAUCUGCAAGAUAUUGUGACCAAACUUGAGAGCGAUUUGGAUUCAGUUGAACUAGACUUGGAUCGAGGUGGUUUUGCUUUGAAAAAGCAAAUGUUAGAUGACAGAAGAUUUCCAAAAAUGCAACUUAAUCUACAGAGGCUACUUCAGGUAAUUGCACAUGGAGAACAAAUAUUUCCGCGUGUCAAGGAAAAAUGCUCUUCAAAAGAUUGGUUUGCCCAAGAAGACAUCAUCUCUCUUGAAGAGUUGAUUGGGAGACUGAGAAGGCUAAAAGAGAAUGUCGGUUUUAUAGCAAACCGAGUAACUGCAAUCCAGGCUAGUCUAGAUAGUUGGCAGGCUGAACAAAUAAACAGGAAAUUAUAUUACCUCUCAUUCCUAUCGAUUGUAUUCCUUCCUUUAUCAGUCAUCACUGGAGUUUUUGGGAUGAAUGUGGGAGGAGUUCCAUGGACUAUGCAGAGGAAUCCUGACAUCAAGGAUGGUUUCCGAAAUGUAAUGUUGAUUUGCGCAGUUACACUCGUGUUAGUGCUUCUUUGCUUCUCUUUUGCAUCCCUUUAUACCUGUAUCAAUGCUUGGUGGAACCGGAAGAAUUUCAAUCGAAGCUGGUCUUUGAACCGAAAGCCAUUUCUUAAAGAGAAAGGAGGUUACCAACGAGUAUGAAAUGAUUAAUACGGAGUAAUCUCCAAAUUGAGAAUGAAAAACAAAUGGUCCUCACUUCAGUCAUGUAUUCUUCGCCUAUCUGCAUUGCCAUUGUCCAGAGGGCGGAGGACAUCUUAUGUGAUCUUGUAGGGAUAAGGCCAAUUUUAACGCCCAAACUUACAAUGAUUCUCUAUGUUACUUGGUCUCGGGUAUUGGCUGUUACAUGUCCAAGUGUUGGACUCGAUAGUUUGAUGAAUAUUCCCACGUUGGUCCAAAUUGAAGCGUUGAUGUCUUUAUGACUAGCUAUACCCGUGUUGGAAACACUGGUAGUGAAUUCGUAUAACAUAGCUGAUAGUCUGUUUCUGUUAGCUUCCGAUGCUGAAGUUCUUGGUUACGUUUUACAAGUCAUUAACAUUAUGUACAGAUUCUUUUAUUUCAUUUUUCUGUCAAGAUGAUUGGAAUUUUUUCAAUGAGUGGUUUUGUAUUACCCUGUAACUUCUUCAAUGUUGAUGCAUUAGCAAUAAAUAUCCAUUAGCAAUAAAUGAUGCAUACUUACUUGAAGGAGAUUCAUU